AUGUAUAUUUUGCGCAGACCUCUUCUACACCCAACAUCAUUCAAUUAUUUCAGAAAUUCAGCAGUAAUACGAAAAAUCGGAAUCAGAAUGACAGCUAACGGCGAUAUCCCGGAAUCUCUCGAAGAGAUCAAUCUAAAAAUGAAUGCAACAACAGAUGAGGUUGGGGACUGCGAAACAUGGCCAGUGAGAGUGGAAGAUCUUAAGAAGCUCUCAGCCUUUGACCACUUAGUGUCGCCUUUGCUGAUUAGGACACUUUCACAACAGGAGUUGACGCAUAUUUCGUUACGUGCUAAACUCUAUGAUGCGAUGGCGUGGAACCGAGAAGCUUGGAGAAUUCUUACCGUUGUAGCCAACAGAGCCAGUACAACCAGUAAUGGUAAGAGUUAG